CAGCACUCAUCCUCUUUCCCCCCAGCGCUAGGUUAGCCAGCCUCCGCCGGCCGCCGCCAUCGCAGUUCCUUCUGUCGCCGAUGACACACACGCCGCUUGUCCAGAUCGCCCAAGGAGCCAUGGAGAAGAAGAAAGAGAGGUCAUUGACCUCCAUUCUUGGGAAGGAGCCAGCGAUUGGAAAAAAGAAGAAGGGCAGAAGCAAGACCUCCAGCUCCAUGGACGCCGGCAUCGAGCCGUCCGUUCGCUCCAAGGCCAAUCCAAGCAUCGUCCUUGUUGACCCGCUUGUGAGGGCAAAGCAGCAGGCGCGAGCACUGCCACCCCCGCCUCCGCCUCGGCGUCUACCUGACAACAAAGGUAUCGGCGCGCGGGCGGCAGCUGUUGUUGCAUCCGGCUGGACCGGCUCCGCGAACACCUCCGUCACGCCUACUUCUCCGGCUGAAGCUGACUCCUGGGAACAUGAGCCGGAAGAGGAUCGUGUCCAGGAGCAGGAUGAGGAAGAGAAGGAUGAGAAUGUGUAUGUGCCUGCUGAUGAGUCCGAGUCUGAGGAAGAAGAGAACUCGUAUGAUCUUAGAGAUGACAUGUCAGAGGAUGAAAUGGAUAUUGUUCAGUCCCCUGGAGGUGAGACUGAUGUGUUUGUUGUUAGUUCAGAAGAAGACAAUGCAAGAACAGGAGAGAAACACAAGAAAGGGGUGAAAGUCAAGCGCAAGGUCACUACCAAGGGCAGUAGCAAGUCCAGUACUAGCAGGGAGAGUUCAGAUUGUUGGACUUUUUUUGAGAAGGUGAUGGUGAAAUCAGAAAAGGAUCCUAAGGUUGAAGAGUUGAAGGCAAAGUGCAUGCAUUGCCACAAUUUAUACAUAUAUGUUCAAGGUUCAAGCACCACAACACUUAAUAGGCAUAUGAAGAAGUGUAAGAUCUUCAAGAACAAGGUUGCGACGAAACUUAUACAAUCACGGCUUGGGUACAAGCCGUCCAAUGUUAGAGGUGAAUCCGGUCUUCCUCUAGGUGUGCCAUCCAAUGGGUAUGAGCACACAACUAUGAAGGAGUUGAUUGCAAAAAUGGUGGCUGUCCAUAACUACUCAUUCAGGAUGGUGGAACAUGAGUGGUUCAAUAUUGUGAUGAAGUACUCGAACCCGCUAUAUCAAGAAAUUGGUAGGAAGGCAAUAAGAGCUGAGUGUUUGAGGGUUUUCAAUAAAGAGAAGGAAAUCCUUAAGGCAGCCCUGAAGAAUGUGGACCACAUUAGUCUCACUACAGAUAUGUGGACAAGUAACCAAACCAUUUCUUAUAUGUGUGUAGUGGCACACUAUAUAGAUAAACAUUGGAGGAUGCAGACUCGUGUGCUUGCGUUCAUGGAGUUGGACCCCCCUCAUAGCGGAAACGUCAUGGCUGUUGCGUUGUUUGAAUGUGUGACUGAAUGGAAGAUAGAAAACAAGAUAGUGUCCAUCACACUAGACAAUGCAUCAAACAAUGAUUCAGCUGUUAGAGAUUUGAAGGCAAUGUUUUCUGUUCGAAGAGGGACAGACUUUGAAGCCAAAUAUUUCCAUGUCCGGUGUUGUGCUCACAUUGUCAACUUGGUAGUGCAGGAUGGGACAGCCUGCAUGAGCACUUUGGUAACGAACCUAAGGGAGACAGUGAAGUACUUCAAGAAGUCCCCUUCCCGGCUGCACAAAUUUGUUGAGAUUUGCAGGAGUUUAGGCCUUAAAAUUGGAGCGCAUUUGACCCUAGAUGUUUGCACGAGGUGGAAGUGA